AUGACGGAUGAGGAGAGGUUGAAAGAACUGGACAUGUUCAGUCUAGAGGAGAGAUGGCUGAUGGGGGACAUGAGACCAGUCUUCCAGUAUGAAAAAGGUUGUUAUAAAGAGGGUGUUGAUCAGUUGCUCUCCACGGCCACUGAAGGUCCCCAGAGUCCCCGGUGGCAUCGGACAGCGCUGUGGGUCGGAUGGAUUGGGAAUAUUGUCCUGGUGAUUGCUGUGAUAGUGCUGGGGAUUUGGGUUUCCCACUUGCUGUCCGAGAAGGGACAGACCCUGGCAGCCUCUAAGACCGCAGACCCCAGCACAGCAGAAUGCAGCGCCCGCCUGGAGCAUUUCCGAUCCCAGCUGACCCAAAAACUGUGCCACCCGGCCCAGCCCAGCCCAGCAGGGGGCUCCGGGUGCAAACUCUGCCCCACGGACUGGCAUCUGCGCGGGGACAAGUGCUACUGGGUUGGCAGAGGAAGUAAAACGUGGAGCGAGAGCUAUGCCGACUGCUCAGCGAGGGGCUCUCAGCUGCUGGUGAUCCGGGACCGGAAGGAGCUGGAGUCCCUACAGGACCUGACAGGAGGCACGUCUCAGUUCUGGGUUGGACUGUCCCUCCACUCCCCGGAGAAGGCCUGGACCUGGCUGAACAGCUCCCGGCUGGAUCAGACCCAGUUUCCGGUGUCAGGCCCGGCUGAGGGGAACAGCUGUGGCGCGCUGGCAGGGAAACAGCUUAAUUCUGACACCUGCAGCUCUGCAUUUCAGUGGAUUUGCCAGCGAGACGCCGUCCCGCUCCAAACAGGCAUGGAGCUCUGAUCAGCACGGGUGGCGAUGCAGUCCCAAAUCCAGAAAGAGCUCCAGCAUGGGCCGUACGGGAGAUACUGGAUCUGAUCGCUGAUGGGGAGACAAAUCUCUUCUAUCAGAGCUCCGUUACAGAAGACGAAAUGACAAAGCAUUUGAAAAAAUCUCCAGGCUAUGAUAGACAGAGGCCACAGCACAGUGCUGUGUGACAAGCGUAACGGAAAGCCAAAGAAUCAAAUGGGCGCUCAUGGAGGGAGGGAGGGAGGACUGAGGACUCCAACUAUCCCACAGUCCCCAGCAGUCUCCAAAAAGCAUUUGCAUUCUUGGCUGAGCUCCCAAUGCCUGUAGGGUCAAACACGUUGUCCGGGGUGGUUCAGGGUAUAUCUCGUCAAUUUACCCUCCCUCCCCCUCCGUGAAAGAAAAGGGAAAAAAAAAUCAUUUCUUGACUUUUUUCAAUGUCACUGUAUGUCUACUGCAUGCUGCUGGUAGACGCGGUGCUGCGGCAAUGAACAGCAGCAUCCUCUCCUUUCCUCUCCUCUCCGGUGGUACAGUGCAAAAGGACUGAUAGCCAUCCUUGUCAUCAUCCCAUGAGUGCUCCUGGCUGGCCUCAGGUGAGGUCGGCUGGGGUUGCCUGGGUAAAAACAGGAAUGACUCCCGGGUCAUUCCCAGCAGAUGGUACAGAACGGCUGGUAACCAUCUUCAUCAUAGCAACUGGGGGCUGAGCUCCAUCAGCCCCUGUCCCCCCUUUCAUGUUUAAAGAAAAGAUUCUGUACAGCCUGGACUAUCAUAGCAGCGGGAUGCUGGGCUCCUCUCCCCCCCCACCGUUGAAUGUCCUGCCUGGACUAUCAUAGCAGCUGGAGGCUGCCUCCCCCUCAUUUUAUCUCACUAAAAAGUCAGUGUUUCUUAUUCCUGCAUUCUUUAUUACUUCAUCACACAAAUGGGGGAACACUGCAAUGGUAGCCCAGGAGGGUUAGGGGAGGAGGGAAGCAAUGGGUGGGGUUGUUGCAGGGGCACCCCCUAGAAUAGCAUGCAACUCAUCAUUUAUGUGGGAUCUGACAUGGAGCAGCUGUGCUCUCUGGUUCUCUAGUACACUUGCCCCAUAUUCUAGGCAGGACUGACUCUAUUUUUAGAUAAAACAUAAAGGAGGGAAUGACCCGGGGAGUUAUUCCCAUUUUGGUCUUUGCGCCCCCGGCCGACCUCAGCGAGGCCAGCCAGGAGCACCCAUGACAGCAGCAGAUGGUACAGAACGACUGAUAACCGUCAUCUCAUUGCCAACUUACAAUGGCAUGGCAGACGGUGUAAUAGGGCUGGUAACCAUCUCUGCUACCUUUCAAAGGCAAAUGAACGCUGCUGUGUAGCACUGCAGUACUGCGUCUGUCAGCAGCAUCCAGUACACAUACGGUGACGGUGACAAAAGGCAAAACGGGCUCCAUGGUUGCGGUGCUAUGGCGUCUGCCAGGGCAAUCCAGGGGAAAAGAGCGCGAAAUGAUUGUCUGCCAUUGCUUUCAUGGAGGAAGGCUUGACUGACGACAUUUACCCAGAAUCACCCGUGACACUGUUCUUGCACCACCAUGCGUUGGGAUCUCAACCCAGAAUUCCAAUAGGUGGAGGAGACUGCGGGAACUAUGGGAUAGCUACGGGAUAGCUACACACAGUGCAAUGCUCUGGAAAUCAACGCUAGCCUCAGUACAUGGACGCACACCGCCGAAUUAAUGUGCUUAGUGUGGCCGCGUGCACUCGACUUUAUACAAUCUGUUUUAAAAAACUGGUUUCUGUAAAAUCGGAAUAACCCCGUAGUGUAGACAUACCCUGACCUGCCCACAUUACACCGAGAAUUGGAGGCAAUGGCAAAAUGGGAAAUGGAACCCAGCAGUCCUGACUCCCAAUGGUACCUCAGUCUAGAGAUGAGCGAUUCCAAGCUCUGGCUUCACAUAUUCCAGCAGGGGCUGGAGAGCGCUGCAGGGGCCGGGCUUGGGCUGUAGGUAUCAGGCUCUGCACAGCCCUGGGGCAAUUUAUCCCUCACUCCGGCAGGACUGGGAGUAAAGAGUCUGCCCCAGGUCACGUAAAUCAGCACAGAUUUGGUGUCUAAUGGAGCAGAACUGAUUGACGCCAGGUGGGGAUCUGGGCUUUCCCCUGUAUUUCACCCCUGAUUAAUUUCCUUUCACCUCUCUGACAGAUUCCGCUCUCAGCCCCCUUCCCCGGCUUGUCCACUGCUCCUGUCCAGUCCAGCCUGUGACCUGACAUACCUCUGCCCAUCCUGCCCUAACAGAUCGUUGACUCCUGUCACUAAUGAUGGGGUCUCAGGUUCAGAGGUGUCUGUGCAGAUGUGCUGUCCACCUGCUACCUCCUUAGAGCACCUUUAAGGAGAUCAGUGCCCCCGACCCCUACCCCAAAGGGAACCUUUCCCUGUGCAUUAUUCGACACUCUCUGGUGUCACUGUCUCUGUCGGAGAAGCCGGGUUGGGGUGCUCCGUGGCAGUGAUGGGGGCACUAUGGAGAGGGCUGGGGGCUAGCGAAUGCCCUAUUACCCUGUGACCCGGCAGCCCAGGAGGAGAUGGACUGGCAAAGCUGGAGGGCAGGCGGCUGGCCAGGCUGAAAGGUGACCUUCCAAACAGACCCAAGUGUCUUUAGGAGCAGCCCCCAAGACAACUGGGCUUGUGAAUGCAACAGGACAGAGCAUGUUCUAUCUGCGGGAGAGUCAGGGCUGGCGAGCGCUGGCCUGCUCAUGGGUUUGGUCAUGGGGCUGGACGAAUGUAACAUGCUGAAGGUGCUGUCACAAGGGGGACCUCAACCAGAGCCCCAGCAUCUACACCACAGUGAAACAGCUCCUUGGCUCGAGCCUCAGUUAGGUGGCAUAAGCCAGGCACAGGUGUCUAACUGCAGUGUAAACAUAGCCUUUGUGCAUCACUUUCCCCAUCUGUGAAAUGAGGAUGUAGAUAUAGACUUUCCUGUCAUAGGCGCCAACUUUCUCCGGCGCCGGUGGGUGCCCGCGCCCUCCACCUCAGCCCCACCCCAACUCCACCCUGUCAUAAACAGAUAGCUAAGAGUUAAUGUCUCUUUCACCUGAAGCACCUGACCAGAGGACCAAUCAGGAAACCGGAUUUUUUUUUUUUCACAGAAAGAUUGGAAGUUUCUCUUAAAAAAUACAGCUCUGGAGAGAGAUUGUUGCAUAUCACAUCUAAGAGGGGAAAUGGCGCACAGGAGGAGCUGGCUUCUUAUUCCCUCUGCCCAUGGGGCUGCUCUGAUUGCCUCCUUUCGUUUGGUUACAGUGCAAUGGCUGCGGGCUUCCGGGAGAACAAUAUACACUCAUGUCCAGUCCCAGCCAGGCAGUGGCUGAGGCAGCAAAGUACAAUGCUUGGCUCUAAAGGUCACAGUGAAAAGAAGAAGUUAUAAAUUAAGAUUUAGAAGUUUAAAGUAUUUUCUUUUUCUUUAAAAAAAAUAGAAGAGUUUUAAUUCA